UAGCCCAUCAAAAUCAGGAAAUUAAAAAAAAAAAAAGAAAAGAAAGAAAAUGAUAUGUUAUUGUUGCUCGACGUGGCGGUUAUCCAAUCUCCCAACAAAACCCACACCGCCAACUGCCGGGUCUCCACCCGACCCGAGCCAAACGAAGCACCGCCCACCGGAAUCCACACCACACCGUAGUAACAAAGGCAGCUCACAAUUGCUGAGGUGGUCCAGAGCUCGUGCAAUAAGAUCGGGUGUAAAACUAGACCGGCCCACCCUUGAGCAACCACCGGUUCGGCGAUCAGGGGAUACCAGUAGUGAAUCUUUAGCUCAUAAAUUAUCAUCAGAAUCAGAAGAAGGAGAAGGAGAAGAUGAAGAAGGGUGUUAUGUAGGGGAAAUGGAUGGUUCGAAACAUAUAUAUAUGGUAUCUGAUGGUACCGGUUGGACCGCUGAACAUUCGGUUAAUGCUGCUUUAGGACAGUUUGAACAUUGUUUGGUUGACCGUGGUUGUCCUGUCAACACUCAUUUGUUUUCUGGGAUUGACGAUGUGGAAAAACUUAUGGAGAUAAUAAAGCAAGCAGCUCGACAAGGGGCAAUGCUAAUCUACACACUAGCUGAUGAAAACAUGGCUGCAUCGGCCCUGCACGCCUGCAAAAGAUGGGGAGUGCCAUCCACUGAUUUACUCAGCCCAAUUACAGAAGCAAUCGCGUUGCAUUUAGGAGUUUCACCUUCUGGGCUACCUCGUGGUGCCCCAGGCAGGAAGUUCCCACUGACACAAGAUUAUUUCAAAAGAAUCGACGCGAUUGAGUUCACUAUAAAACAAGACGAUGGAGCCUUACCCCAGAAUUUACACAGAGCGGACAUUGUUCUUGCUGGUGUUUCACGAACAGGGAAGACUCCGCUAUCGAUAUAUCUAGCACAGAAAGGAUUUAAAGUUGCAAAUGUGCCUAUUGUCAUGGGAGUACCGUUGCCCAAAGCUCUGUUUGAGAUUGACCAAGAGAAGGUCUUUGCUUUGACUAUAAAUCCUGUUGUUUUGCAAACUAUAAGAAGAGCAAGAUCCAAAACCUUAGGAUUCUCUGAUCAUAUGAGGACUAAUUAUUCUGAGAUGGAUCAUGUGAGGGAGGAGCUUGAUUUUGCUUGCAAAAUUUUCGCACAGAAUCCCACUUGGCCUGUGAUCGAAGUGUCAGGGAAAGCAAUUGAAGAAACUGCUGUUACCGUGUUAAGACUCUACCAAGACCGAAAAAACAGGUGUUCGAUGCCACGAAUCUCAAAACGUUACUGAGAUGUAAAGGUAGUUCUGUUUCCCUUGAAAAUAAAGCCUUGUGGCAGGAUAAUAAUAUACAUGUACAUAAAAUUUCUAAAAGCUUAUUUCAAUACACCUGUUUAGGAUCCAAAACACACCCUUCAAUGUACCCAAGUAUAUGUGCUCUAUAUGAGAUGGGUUAAAAGCCCCCUAGUUAUACAUCUGGUUCCGAAAGACACCCUUCAAGGUACAUGUGCUGUUGCUCAUUCCGGGCUUUUUAUAUUUAAAACAUAUCAGACUAUACUCGAGCAAAGUUGGACAGUUAGGAGACAGCUUUAAUGGUGCAAGUUACAUUUCAUUAUGUAGUUUAAGGGGUAUCAUGUUGCUCUUGCAGGAGAGCUCCUACCUCUUGAAAGUAGGUCAGUGAGAGACAGUUUCCUCUUGAAAGCAUUUGAGUUUUGUGAUUCGCUGGCAUUACGUUAAUUAUUUUUUUUUUGAA